UCGGGUGAGUUUAUUAACUCAUUUGUUUAAAACACCCUUGCACCUUUUUUUAAGUACUGGAAAAUAACAGAAGCGGGGCCAGCUUUCUUUCCUUUGUUUCUGGCGUCUGAAGUCCACCCAGGACUUGGUCCCUCUGCACUUCUGUGCGUUUGGUGGGGGGCUCCCAAGUACCCUCUCGAUGGGGCAAAUUCAGUCAUCCACUUCCCGGGGAAGGGGAGGGGAGGGAGCGCAGCAGUUGGGCCGCCCCAGGGAUUCCAGGGCCCAUCACACACCACCAGUCCACACGUUCUGCCAAAUCCCCGGCUCCAGCCAAGAAUUCUGGCCACGCCGUUGUGGGAUACUGGGGAAACGAGACGCUGGGAGGACCCGCUGGCUAGAGGGGCGGCCUCUCCCCCGUCACGUGACUCGGCUUGCCCGGGGCUCAUGUCAGGUCGCGCGUCACGGUUGCACUUUCUGAUUGGCCCAGUUGGGUCAAUUUGAAAGGACUACGGGGGCCGCGGCGGUUCAUUUUCGGCGGCGUUCCCCCCCCUCCUUUUUUUUUUUUUAUUUAAUUCCUUCUCUCCGGUUCCCUCCUUCCGUGCGAGUCUCAGGAGAAGCCGCCGCGCUAGGCGCCGCCGCCGCCGCCGCUCAGGGCCUGCUCCCCUUGCGCAAUGGACUGGCAGCCAGACGAACAAGGCCUGCAGCAGGUCCUGCAGCUGCUCAAAGACUCGCAGUCGCCCAACACAGCCACGCAGCGCAUCGUGCAGGAUAAACUCAAGCAACUCAACCAAUUCCCCGACUUCAACAACUACCUAAUCUUUGUCCUGACGAGGCUCAAAUCAGAAGAUGAGCCAACCCGGUCUCUCAGUGGGCUCAUCCUCAAAAACAACGUGAAAGCACAUUACCAGAGCUUUCCACCACCUGUGGCUGACUUCAUCAAGCAGGAGUGUCUCAACAACAUUGGCGAUGCCUCCUCGCUCAUCCGGGCUACCAUCGGUAUUCUUAUAACCACCAUCGCUUCCAAGGGUGAGCUGCAGAUGUGGCCUGAGCUGCUGCCCCAGUUAUGCAACCUGCUCAACUCGGAGGAUUACAACACUUGUGAGGGAGCCUUCGGAGCCCUGCAGAAGAUCUGUGAAGACUCCUCUGAACUCCUGGACAGCGAUGCGCUCAACAGGCCGCUCAACAUCAUGAUCCCCAAGUUCCUGCAGUUCUUUAAGCACUGCAGCCCCAAGAUCCGGUCCCAUGCCAUCGCCUGUGUGAACCAGUUCAUCAUGGACCGAGCCCAGGCGCUGAUGGAUAACAUUGACACCUUCAUCGAGCACCUGUUCGCCCUGGCUGUGGAUGACGACCCCGAGGUGCGGAAGAAUGUAUGCCGUGCCCUGGUGAUGCUUCUAGAAGUGCGCAUUGACCGGCUCAUCCCCCACAUGCACAGCAUCAUCCAGUACAUGCUCCAGCGGACCCAGGACCAUGACGAGAACGUGGCCCUGGAGGCCUGUGAGUUUUGGCUGACGCUGGCCGAGCAACCCAUCUGCAAGGAAGUUCUGGCCUCCCAUCUGGUCCAGUUGAUCCCCACUCUUGUAAAUGGGAUGAAGUACUCGGAAAUCGAUAUCAUUUUGCUCAAGGGCGACGUGGAAGAGGACGAGGCGGUCCCCGACAGCGAGCAGGACAUCAAGCCACGCUUCCACAAGUCCCGCACAGUGACGCUGCCCCACGAAGCCGAGCGGCCCGAUGGCUCCGAAGAUGCGGAGGACGACGAUGACGACGAUGCGUUGUCCGACUGGAAUCUGAGGAAGUGCUCUGCGGCUGCGUUGGACGUCCUGGCCAAUGUUUUCCGGGAGGAACUGCUCCCGCACCUCCUCCCCCUGCUCAAGGGCCUCCUAUUCCAUCCCGAAUGGGUGGUCAAGGAGUCCGGCAUCCUGGUGCUGGGUGCCAUCGCCGAGGGCUGUAUGCAAGGCAUGGUGCCCUACCUGCCCGAGCUGAUCCCACACCUCAUCCGGUGCCUGUCGGACAAGAAGGCCCUGGUCCGCUCCAUCGCGUGCUGGACACUGAGCCGUUACGCCCACUGGGUGGUCAGCCAGCCUCCCGACAUGCACCUCAAGCCUCUGAUGACAGAGCUACUCAAACGCAUCCUGGAUGGCAACAAGAGGGUGCAGGAGGCAGCCUGCAGUGCCUUCGCCACCCUGGAGGAGGAGGCGUGCACGGAGCUGGUGCCCUACCUCAGCUACAUCCUGGACACCCUUGUCUUCGCCUUCGGCAAGUACCAGCAUAAGAAUCUGCUCAUCCUCUACGACGCCAUCGGCACAUUGGCCGACUCCGUGGGCCAUCACCUCAACCAGCCGGAAUACAUCCAGAAACUGAUGCCACCGCUCAUCCAGAAGUGGAACGAGCUGAAGGAUGAGGACAAGGACCUCUUUCCCCUGCUGGAGUGCCUGUCCUCCGUCGCCACUGCCCUGCAGAGUGGCUUCCUGCCCUACUGCGAGCCCGUGUACCAGCGCUGCGUCACCCUGGUGCAGAAGACACUGGCCCAGGCCAUGAUGUACACCCAGCACCCUGAGCAGUACGAGGCCCCCGACAAGGAUUUCAUGAUCGUGGCACUGGAUCUGCUCAGCGGCCUGGCUGAGGGCCUGGGCGGCCAUGUGGAGCAGCUAGUGGCCCGGAGUAACAUCAUGACUCUGCUCUUCCAGUGUAUGCAGGACUCGAUGCCUGAGGUGCGGCAGAGUUCGUUUGCUCUUCUGGGAGAUCUCACCAAAGCCUGCUUCAUCCAUGUCAAGCCCUGUAUUGCCGAGUUCAUGCCCAUCCUGGGCACCAACCUGAACCCUGAGUUCAUUUCCGUCUGUAACAAUGCCACCUGGGCCAUCGGUGAGAUCUGCAUGCAAAUGGGAGCAGAGAUGCAACCCUAUGUGCAGAUGGUCCUCAACAAUCUGGUGGAGAUCAUUAACCGGCCCAAUACACCCAAGACACUGCUGGAAAACACAGGUCGCCUGACGAGUUCCUCUGCCAUUCCAGCCAUCACCAUUGGCCGCCUGGGCUACGUGUGCCCGCAGGAGGUGGCUCCUAUGCUCCAGCAGUUCAUCCGGCCUUGGUGCACGUCCUUGCGGAACAUCCGGGACAAUGAGGAGAAGGACUCGGCGUUCCGCGGCAUCUGCAUGAUGAUCGGCGUCAACCCGGGGGGCGUCGUGCAGGACUUUAUUUUCUUCUGCGACGCUGUAGCCUCUUGGGUGAGCCCGAAGGAUGAUCUUCGGGACAUGUUUUAUAAGAUCCUCCACGGCUUCAAAGACCAGGUCGGGGAGGAGAACUGGCAGCAGUUUUCGGAGCAGUUCCCGCCGCUGCUCAAGGAGAGGCUGGCGGCCUUCUACGGGGUCUAGGCGAGCGUGGAGACUGCCAGGUUCCUGUCUGCGUCAUCGUCGAAGGGAUUGCUGGGAGCGCGCUGUGUCCGGAAGUCGCGGUGCCCUGGUCGAGGGGGGGUAGGGAGGCGUGCGCGGGAUCCAAACCCAGAAGCCUUCCCCGUGCGUCCGUGCGUCCGUCCACCUGUCCCACGGGCCGGCCUGGCCGGCACACGGGCGGAUGGGUGGGGCCGCCACGCGCUAGUCCUGCAAACAGGGAGGGGGGUGGGAGGUCCGGCCGGCGCGAGGCCCCGGCUCUCAUGGGGGCCGUCUCAGGCCGCCCACCCGGGCCAGCCCCGUGGGAGGGAGGAACCCGCGCGGGAGGCGGCGCGGGGAGCGCAGGCGGGGAGGGGGGUGUCCUUGUAGAGACGCGCACACUCACGUCCACGUGCGGCCGCGCGCGGGUGGCGCGCCGCCCCAUUUCCCCGACUGCAUGGAGACAGUAGACGUAGUGAACCCGAGUUAAGCCGUUCGGCCUUCCGUGUAAUCUGCACCUAGAGUAUAAGAAGCUUUCGCUGUUUGGCCGGGAUCGCCGGUGAUUGGGGAGGGCUUGGGGGGGUUGGGGGGGCCUCGGCCGAGACCCCGGGGCGGGAGGGAGGAGGACGGCUACCUGCGGCCGCCCGUCAGCACGUGCACGCUUUGACCUGCUCCGCAUACUUCCUGCCAGCCUUGGGGCAGACUCAGAUCAUGUGCCCCCAUCUUUAUCCUCUCCAGCCAGCCACAUAGGGACCAUCCUCGCCGCAGGCAGGGGCCCCCGAGACCACCCCGGCCCCCUGGCUUGUGCUCACUGACCCUGGGCAGUGCGGGGCUGGGAGUUUUCCCUCCCCCCCCCCCCCCCCCCCAAAAGAGAGCUCGGGACAACUCUGUCCCCGCCGCCCACCCCCCAGGCUCUGGGGAAGCAUCUUUAAGGGCCAUCUUGCUCUCUGCUCCUGGGAGGCCACCUCUAGGGUCUGGGCUGAAGGCAAGAAAGAAGCUGAGCUCAGGCUUCCAGGAGGGAAAAGGUGAAUGUCCCCAUCUCCACUUUGCCCCCUCUGAGACUCCGUGCUCAUCACAGCCCCUAGAGAUGCCACCAACACUGAGGCAGAUGUCCUAGGACAUAGGUCUUGGUGGAAGGGAGUCAUCCGCCCCACCCCAAGGGACGUGGGCCUGGUUAUUUGGGUUGCUAGGAGAAUUGGGCCCUGUAGCUCCUUUAAGAUUUGUUACCCUUUUUGUUUUUCUUCCCUGCUUUCCACUUCUUAGGGGGACCCCUUAUAUUUGGGGGGGGGUUGACUGGAGUCUUUCAGCCCGGGGCCUGCUCCACUCACCCCUCCAACGCCCUACACCCCAUCCCAGCCUGGCUCUUGUCUUCUGUGAGGCAGAGUCAGACCCUGCCUCGAUUCCGAGGGGGCACUUAGAGCACAUUCCAUAGCCCAGCUAGGUGUCCCUGUCCUCUCUCCCAAAACUCGAGCAGGUCUCUGGAAGCCAUUUGUAAAAAAAGAAAAGAAAAACACGUUUUUUAAAAUACCAUUUAACUUUCUGCUAGUUCUUUGAAGCAUCCUCUGUUGGGUUUUGGGGUGUGCAGGUGGGUUGGCUGAUGGGAUUGGUAUAAUCCCCUUUCCUCCCAAGGUGAGGGGUGCCAAGCGCCACCUUCAGGAAUAGGGAGCCUGAUUGUUCUAGUUUUCCUUUUUCUUUCAAGAAAACUAUUUAAUUUUUUAAUUUAUUUUUGGUUGGUUUUUGCACAAGGUUUCAGCUUCUUAACCUUUCCUGCCCAGGGCUGGGGACACAGACUGGCCUUGGUCUGCCUUCAUUCCCUGUUUCCCGAGUCCCUUCUUCCCUUCUUUUCCCUGAGGGCUCCCAGGUCAGUCCAUUUGUUACAGUGCUGUGCUGGAGAUUGGCGCCAAGGUGGCGUGAGAUUCCACUUGUGUAGAACUUUGUUGAGUAAAGAUGAGUUUCUUGUGA